AUGAAGGUGUUUUCCGAGCCUUUCAGCCUGGUCGUCAAUCAACAGGCAACAGACACCGGACUGGUACAACAUCCCAGAUGCUCCGACCUGUUGUCGAGGUCAGGAAAAAUGAAAAAUCGAAAAUCUGGAGACAAAACACUGCUGACUGCGGUGUGAACAUGAUGACAAUCUUUGUUCAAAACAAAAACAGAACACAGGCCUGACCAUUCAGCCGAUCGAGACAACAAAGUGUUCAUAUCAGAAAAUCUUACUGUUCUCACACGAUAUGGCUCAAAACAUUUGGUGAUCUCCCGAAAGUCGGAUGAAAAAAGUUGCUGAAAAAAAUACUCAAAUGUGUUGCCAUUCCGAACGUUUAAUAAUCAACAGGAAAAAUUAAUUCAGCUGUCUAAAGGGGCGGAGCCACCUGGAACCUGGUGCUAAAUAAUCAGAAGCACGUGUGUGAACCGUGAUCACAUUUUGAGACAAAUCAAAAAAACUUUUUAUUUUGUUUUGCUUUUUAUUACUGAAAAGUCAUCGAUUUUCUCAGAAAACGUGUGUUAAAAGGCCACUUGAAAAAUCAGACGGUUCUUUACUUGAAGGUCUUCUUUUCUUCUGGAUAAAAAGUCGAAUAAUCGAUUUUUUUAGGAUGAAAUUUCGGUUGUAUUUUUAUUUAAAGAAGUAAUACCUUGUAACGAAAAAUGGCGAUAUUUCUGGCGGCAGGCCAAAAAAAAAAUCCUACUAUGUUAAAUUUUUUGCGAAGAGUAGGCCAAUCAUAAUCGUCCCCAGGGUCUCGCACGGAAUUCAGCACAGUGUGCCAAAAACCACCGUAUCCUGGAACAGUCGGGCUUCUCGUUUUCAAAAAAAAAAAAAUCAGUUCAUGAUGAAAUGAAAUGCAAUUAUGAAUACUCUUUCAAGGUCAUGUUUUAGGAACAACUUCCAAGAAUCGAAUUUGAGCCUUCGGUUGUAAAAUUCCAUGGACAGAAGGUUCUGGCGACGGUUCGGGGCUCGAUUCGGGGUUCUGUCGGAUUUUGGAACUCCCAAAAUGAGGAGUUUUCUAUCGUGAGUUUGGAAAUCAAAAAAAAAAAAGCUGAGAAAUAUCAAGAAAAGGUGAAAACAAUCCUUUUUCCCUUCAAAAACUACCAGAAUAAAGCCCGACGUUUUUUUUGACGAAAUCCAUGUUUUUCCGUGAAGUUUAGUGUGUCGUGUGCAUACACUGCGACGCUGUCGCGCAUACUGUAUCAGAGUAAUUUUCGCGGAAUUCCGUUAUAUUUUUCACUCUCUGGCGGUUAUUUUGAACUUUGCGGAAUCAAUUUGAACGAAAAAAUUGCGUUUUUUUAAAAUUAGGAAUCGAUUCUUCUCAUGACCCAUUCAACAUGCGCCUUUAAUAUCCCCUGUAGUUUACGCGUGUUUCCCAUGACGUCACAUGGAAACGGCGGAGUUUGGUUCCGCAUUUUCUUCCACUAACAAAAACGCCGUGAAAGGAGCUAUCUGUUAAAAAAAACUACGUGAACAUCAAACUAUCUACAGUAACCCGUCUGACAGAUCCAUUCCCGUCGAACCGUCGGUAUCAACGAAUCCUUCUGGACGACUCUCGAAUUUGCCCAACCGGCCCCAUCUGAGAAAUGCAACGUGCGCACGGUUUCCAUCCCAUUCAUCUUUCUGCCCGACGGUUCCGACGUUCCGAUUCACACAUCUUCGGACAUCCUCGUUCAAUAUUCGGAUGACCUCGACGUCGUCUGUGACGGUAGCGAUUUUUGGAAUUAUUGAUUUGGAAAUGUUUGGGAAUGGCUCUAGGCGCUGUAGUUGAGGUUCAUAAUGACUAUGAAAAGUUGCGCUUAUCCUGAUGCUAGCAUGCAAAGACGCGAAAGUCGUUUUAUGGUCGGGCGAACCUUUAUAGCGGCCGCUUCGCAGCUCAGCCAAUUCUUGAGGCUUUUCACAUUAGAACUGUAUCUCAUACUUCAUUUAGCACUUCUUGAAACGAGCGGGUCGCAUUGAGAAUGGCUUGACGCGUUGCGGUCGCAUUACGGUUUGAAAAUGAAGUCAAAAAGUACAUUCAGUCGUUUUGAACUUGAACGAUUCUUCGUGCGACCAUGGGUCUUUCCCCACAAAGGUAUACUCCAUCUAGCACUUCUUAAAACGAUCUGGUCGCAUUUGGAAUGGCUUGACGCGUCGCGGUCGCGCCGCGGUUUGAUAAUGAAGUCAGAAGCCACAUCACGCUUCGCGGUUCAGCCAUUCUUCUUGCGAUCAUAGGUCUCUCAUUUCAGAGCUAUAACUAGCCUAUCACUCCUUAAAACGAUCUGGUCGCAUUUGGAAUGACUUGACGCGUCGCGGUUUGAAAAUGAAGUCAUAGAUUACAAUUAGCAGCUCAGCCAUUCUUCGUGCGACCUCAUGCUAUCCAAGUUAUAGCUGUACGUCAUCUAGCACUUCUUGAAAAAGCUCUGGUCGCAUUUGGAAUGGCUUGACGCGUCGCGGUUUGAAAAUGAAGUCAAAAGUUACAUCUAGUCGCUUUGUAUCCUAGCCGAUCUCUUGCGCGCCUAAACUUCCCAAAUGAAGUAUUGAUCGAUGAAUUUAGCUUCUGGAGCACCUACCGUCACCGCCAGAUCGACCUCAGUCAUGUGCAAUUGUGGCGAUGGAGCGCGAGUAAAAUGCCGUCGGCGAUAUCGAUCAGCGACGGCGUGUGGUUCGGCUUGGAGCAGGAUUGCUGAUGAUACGGUGGGGAUACAGGAUUCAGAUGAAAAUUGAAUGAAGGAUGAUUUUUGAACUGGGAAAUCUGUUUUGAAUACUAUUGAAAAAAAUCCGUCAGAAUUUCCGGAUUUUUUCGUUUCAUCGGCAAAGUUUGUUGGAAGCUAUAGGUUUUCCUGAAAUUGCUUCUAGAAUUUCUAUAUUUUUCUUGUUUUUGUUAUAGCCUGUAUUGACCUUUUUUGCAACCUGUUCUUUUAUUCUACUGUUUUCAGGCCUUAAAAUUCUAUUAAAAAGGAAAGGAGCAAUAAAGGAAUCAAAAGUGGGAUUUUUUUCAGCUUUUUUUCUCAUUUGAAACUUCACCGAAGCAUAUUUUUCCGAUUAACUUUUUCUUAAAGUUAAAAAAAUAAGGCUCAAAUUGUUAUUUUUCUUCGUCUGGAGGAAUAAAGAAUCACUUUUUUUGAUUUUUUUCCAGGUCUCCCUGGAAGUCCUGACCGGAUUCCUACUCAUGGUUUUCGAGUGCCAUGACGUCAGUGUCCAUUUUGAUGAACUAAAGGAAGUUCUUCUGUUGGUUUCUAUCUACUUUCACACAAUAUAACAGAUUAUCAGAUGUGUGGCCUCGAUUGAAAGCGAUUGUCCAAUAGGGAGAAGAAGAUCGAAAAGGCAAGAAUAUCAGAACGAUUACCCGGUCGGACUUGUUAAUCAUGUGAGUUUCGGAAUUUUUGAUGAGCCUGAGAAAAUUUUUAGUGGCCACUAUAGUAGUCAAAUUAGUGGCCACUUAAGGUCUUGAAAAUUAGUGGUCACUAUAGAAGUCUAAGUGCUACUACUAGACCACUAAAAUUUCAGUGGCCACUUUAGGGGUCAAUGGAUCAACAUAACUGGUCCAAUCUGUUUGUUCUAAAAUUAUAAGAGUUACCGGAAGGAAUACUGGAUGAAAAACUACUAAAGUGGCCACUAAUACGGAAUAUAGUGGCCACUUUAGUGUCCUCUCCAAAAAGUCCUUGUCGAGCCUCUAUAGUGGCCACUGAAAAUUUUCCCCGAUAUUAUUUUUUCUGACUAGGAAGGUCAUUUUGCUUUGUAGUUAGGACUUUAUAAAAUAUGCUUAGAAUGUACCAGAUAAAGUCCUGAAAGUCUCAAUCUAUUUUUCCAGAAAUAAGGCCCCAAAAAUGGCCUAUUUAACGAAUUUUGAGGUUUUGUUUUGAAGUUUAAGGUUUCUUCUUUCAAAAAAUAGGAAGUUUUAUAGGUUGAGAUUUUGAGAAUCUUCUUUAAGUGAAGCAGGGAUAGUUUCAACCGGUUUUUAGGAAAUUCCCAGUCACAAUGUAUGUAAAAUGACCUCCUUGUGAGCACUGCUGUGUUCAGCUUCCAGUAGAUUUUCAGUUCGAAAAAAAUAAUGGUUCCUUUUUUUUUUUAUUACAGUUAUCAGCUCUGGAUAGUCGACUCGGAGUGACCCUGAACAAGGUCAUGCCGGUCCUCAACGCCUUGGACGUUCAAACCAUCCGAAUUUCCAGCCUUUUCAUUGAUUUCAUCGAUCGAUUACAGGUUAUAUCUGAAUUUGGCAGGGAAAAAAAGAAUAUAUUCAUAAUAUUUUUCCAAUAGAAAACUGUAUUUUUUUCGGGUUACAGGUUCUGAAAGAAAAUUUAAAAUGCGGAAAAAACCAGCUUUUUUUACCCUUUUUCGAAAAUUUUCUUUUAUAGGCUUUCCCGAAAUUAUACUUCCAUUUAUCAGGAACAUAUAAAAAAAUCAGCAUUCAUCUGAAAAAUGAAAGAAAAACUUUAAAAAUAAAAGAAAAUUAUGAUGAUGAUGACAAUUACGACACUCCACUUGACGUGCGCUGGCGCGCGUUUUGCUAUAAUUUUUACGAAAAAAAAAAAUAUUCCAUCAAUUAUUUUUUCAUUUCGUUUAUCGUUUUGUUAUUUUAUAUCAAAUCAGCAUUAUUUCAGAAAGUUUUCCCACCGGAAAUAUUAGAAGAUACGGAUCGAGAUUCCAUUGAUUUGUUCCUGACUUCGAUUGCUGACGAUUCAGACGGCGGAAAUUUCGUUUCCAGUGAGGAAGAAAUAAAAUUGGAUGGUUUUUUGAAUACUAUUAGCGCUGAUUUUUGAUUUUUCGUUUAUAGGAAAAGUUGAAAGGCUUGUCAAUGUUUGGAACGCAACUGUGAAGGCUUGGAAAUCGGGCAGGAUUAAUGGAUUGACGGAUGAUGAAGGCGGAGUUCCCUACGCGGAUGUGAAACAACUCGUUGUUGCUUCUGAUCGAUUGAAAACUAUCGCUAGACAGGUUGGUAGAAAUAUAUGAUGUAGAGAGAUCAUUAAAGUGCUAUGAAAUCAAUUUGAAAAAAAAAAACUCCCAGAUUUUUUUAAAGAUUUUUUUGGAGCUUUUGAGCUGAUUUGAUUGCUGAAAAAUAAUGCUAUAUUUGAAAAAAAUAUGCUUCGAAAUAGAUGAAGAAUACAUUGCUUCAUAUGAAUUGAUGAGAAAAUGUUUUUUUAUAUUUAAUUUAUAGUGUUCAAUCAAACGCGCUAAAAAGAGGUUAUAUUUUUUCACUUUUCAAGCAUUUUACAGCUUGAAAGAACUUUAUUAAGUUUUUAACGGCGUUUUCUGACGGCUCUAUAUUUUUUCGUAAAGUGUAGUUUGUCGUGUGCAUACACCGCGGCCCUCUCCCACAUACCUUGUUCAAAAUACUUUUUGCGGAAUUCAAAAUAAUCCCUGAAUAUCCGAAAUUAAGUUGUGUUUUUCACUUUCUAGCAGCUAUUUUGAGUUUCGCGGAAUCGCUUUGAACAUGGCAACAGAAAAAAUUUUUUUUUUCAAAAUUAGAAAACGAUUUGUCCCAUGACCCAUUGAACAUGCGCCUUUAAUAUUCCCUGUUUUUUACGCUUUUUCCCCAUGACGUCACAUCGGAACGGCCGAGGUUUUGACUCCGCCCCCUUCAUUUUUGGUUUCGCUUCUCCUUCCACUAACAAACCACCGUCAAUAAGCAUGAAAAGCUCAAAAAAAAAGGCUCCUCUGGCGCCCAAAAAGUGAUAAUUUUUUUUUCAGAACGUUGCCCCGAAUCCAUUCGCAAUGCUUCACGACUACAUGGCCACGAUGCUUCAAACCAAAGAAAAUCAGCAAUCGGUAUUUUUAUUUCAACACAUGUUUCAGAACAAUGUAAAAAUAAUGAUAACGCUAAUGUUAGUAAUUUCGAAAGAUUUCGCUUUAAUAUAAUCGAAAAAUUCUCAUUUUUUGCUCUAAAAUAGUGAAUUUUUUUAGGAAUGCGCCAGGGCCACCGUACAAAUCGAUGAUGAGAAUGUCGAGGAAGGAACUCAGAUGAGAAUUCGGGCGUUUUUCGAGAAUAAACAUGUGAGUUUGUGGGAAUAAGUACUAAAAAAAAUGAACUUUCCGGGUAGAAAACGACAAAAAAAUUUAAAUAAACAAAUUGUGACAUUUUUUUACCGAAUUUCCUUGUAAGUUAUGUCUGGCGGUGAUUGAUUUGAAAAAAAUUCAGGCUUACUAGAAACUUAUGAAAAAAUUCUUUCUAAGUAAAUUAGUACUUAUUUUUUUCAAAAAAAGUGAGAGUUUUUGAAUUUUAGACUACCAUCUUAAAUAAAAUCUUGAUGAUAAGAAUUCAGAUUUUUCUAGAAAAUCACAAAAAAACCUUUUUUUAAAAGACGACAGUACGUAGUCAUCAGAACAUACUAACUUUUUUCUUUUCAGAUUGUUAUAUUUUUUCGGAUUGUUGAAAUUUCCGGUUCACUAGACACUCACAAAAAACCUUUUUUGAAGAAAAUGUCCAUCUUUUUCGGAAAAUAAUAGCUAUUUCCAUUUCACAACACCACUUUAACUAACAUGUUGAUCUUAAAAAAAGUUAGGCUUUCUAUACAAUUCAAAAAAAUAUAACUUACAAAAAAAUCUUUUUUUCUUUAAGCGAUUUAGUUCACAACCUCCAGAAAAAAAAAUUUUUUCAUCUAAGAUUUUUUUAUUUUUUUCCAGAUUUUUUUGAAAAAUUCUGAUUGAGUAGACACUCACAAAAAAAACCUUUUUUCGAAGAAUAUUUGGGCUUAUUCUUCCAAAAAUAAUAAAUUUUUCUACUUCAGAACACCACCUUAACAAAUAUUGGAGUCACGAUGAAUUUCGUUCGGGAAGAUCCGAACACUCCAAACGUCGAUUUUAACGUCGGGCCCAGUUGGUCCGCGGGAAUCGCCAGUUUGAGCGGAUUGGUUGGAACUUCUAACUAGAAAAUGAGACAAAAAUCACUUAAGGGAACACUUCCGGCCUCGGAAUCUUUCGAGAUCCACUGGACUCGUUUUGUAUCAACGCCCAGGAGGUUGACUCGAAUCGCCAAGUUUCAGGUUUUUAAUUAUUUUAAUUCAUAAUUAAUUAAUUAGCGUUGAUUUUCAGCCCAUAAUCAUCCUGGCCUUUGCGGUAGAUGGUCGUCAAAACCAACAGAAACUCUUUGCGCCACAAAUUACCGUACACCCCAAGAGAAGCGUCAGGGUACUGUAGUCCUUGGCGCGAAUUUUCUUCAAAUUCAAAUUUUGAGGUCUUGAACAUCAUCAAAGAUGAUUUAUCACCCAAAAUCGAGGAUGUUGAGGAUUUUUCGGUCCUCACAGCUGUACUUAAUCCAGGGUUAGAUUUCUAUGGCGUCAUUUAUUGAUUAUUGUGACGUCAGAUAUUCGCCAAUCGACAAUCUCCGAGUGAACUUCGACGGGCUCAAAAUCGAGAAUUUCGAAGAGAGUUUUGAAGUGGAAUCGACGUCGAUCGACGGAAAGAGGCUAGGUGAGCAAGUGGUUAAGCGCUUGGAAUGGCAGUUGAGAGAUGCGGGUUCGAUCCCUGUUCGGGAAAGUUUUGAGAUUAGGAAUUUUGCAGAGUGUCCAAUAGAUAUUGUUCUGUGUACUUUCACGUUUUUUGAUGGAUUUUGUCGUGAAAUGCGUUAAUUUUCUUUUUUUAGGCGUAAAGCUUUGUUGAGCGUUUUCCUAGUGCUUCUUUGGCUUCUAGAAUUUGAAUUUCAUGAUGAACUUGUGGUUGAAGAGUUAGAUCAGUGCUCGAUAGGUCACUGGAUCAACCCCACUACGCGUUUUUGUUUUGGUGAAAGCUUGAAUUUUUUUUUUGAUGGUUGAUUUUUGGAAAACGAAGCUUUUUGUGUUGGUUUUUGCACGAAAAAAUGUUUUUUCAUCAAAGUUUGGAGUUUGUAAGAGUUAGAUUAGGGCUCGAAGGGUCACUGGAUCAACCCCACUUCGUGUUUUUGCUGUUUUCUAACGCGUAGAGCUUUAUAGAUGUUCGAACCGAUCUUUUGCUUCUAAAUUUCGAAUUUCAUGAUGAAAUCGUGGUUGAACAGUUAGAUUAGUGCUCGAAGGGUCACUGGAUCAAUCCCUCUUUUUGUUUUUGUUUUGAUAAAAGCUUGAUUUUUUUUUUGAAGACAUUGAUUUUCGGAAUUUGAAGUCUUCUGUGUUGGUUUUUGCACGAAAAAAUGUUUUCCGUCAAAUUUUUGAGUCUUAAAAGAUAUAUGAACGUGUCGGAGGAUUUCUAGUGACCUCUUUAGUAGUGAAAAAACUCUGAAGUGGUCCCUAGAAAUGCCUCGUCGAGCUCCGAGAUUGUAUAAAGUUGGUUCACAGCUAACUUGAGCCAUCGAAAAAUGGGUCCUGACACGAUUAGAAAAGUGAUAGUGCUUGGUUGGUGGAGAGCGCAGGGCACCCGUUUUUGGGUGCUAAACUAUCCAUGAAUAGGCUAUAAGUUCUUUGCUAUGAUUUUUUCCGGUUUCGAGCUCAAAGAAUGGUCCGAAAGGUCACGAGUUCAAUCCCCAUCAAGGCCAAACUUUUUUUUGCAGACUCUCCAACCCUCUCGCCGCAACUCAAUCAACUACCAUCAGGCGGAACGAAAAUGAUCAAAACCCGGAUCAAGUCGGGACAGGCUAUGGUUAUAAUAAAGAUUAUAAAGAUUACAAACAUUAAGAUCAAUUUGCAGUCAAGAGUAUCCAGAGUGAAUUUGACGUGCUCUUCCGAUGGCCGACUUCUGCCGUUAGAAGCCGUGGACACUUAUGCGAUCCGGGCCGUCGCCCCGUCUCAUAAUGGUUGGCAGGCCGCGCCGCAACGAAAACUGAUUUUUGAAGGAAUGCUAUUGGCGUCCCCUUCACAGUCCCGUCCACUGUUCUUCUUCCGACCUUCUGGCGGCACAAUGACCAAUAUCAUCCAGUUGGACUAUUUAUCUGUUCGUUUUACUCUUUUUGUCGUUCGAAAAUGGUUUUUCCUGGCUUUUGAAUGUCUUUUUAUCGAUUCUGAUAUACCCGUUUUCUAAAAAACACAUGAAAUUUGAAAAAAAAAACUAAAACUAUAAAUAACAGGAGCACGUGGGAAAACGCGCGCCAAUGCUAAUUUUUUCGGCUCCUGGUCUCAUUUUUCUUUUGGUUUUCUAUAGCCCAAUAAGUUUUUCAUUGUCAAGCUCCGCCCCUAAUGGCACGCUAAACCAAAAUGACGUCACUUGGUAUUUGGAAUAUGGACCAAAUUACCUCGAAUGACGUCACUUGAGAUUCGAAAUCAGGACCAAAUUACCUUGAAUGACGUCAUUCGAGAUUCAAAAUUUUAAUCAAAUUACCUUGAAUGACGUCAUUUGAGAUUCGAAAUCUGGACCAAAUUACCUUGAAUGACGUCACUUGAGAUUCGAAAUCUGGACUGAAUUACUCGAGAAAUUCAAAUUUUUGGCCUUUGGGACUGUUGGAACGGAAAAAAUGUCUCGAAUUUCAUAUCAAACAUUUUUUUUCCAGACCCAAAAUUCGACAUCCAACACGGUCUUUGCAGCUUUUCGCAACCCGUAGGCCUUUUUUGAUUGUUCAAAAGAAAAAAAUUAUUCGCUUCCAGGGAAUCCACUGGUUUCUCAGGAGCCUUGUGGGCGUCGAUGCCGAUGCCGAAAAUCCCGAAAAAUCAAAAACUCGUUGAAAUUAUGGACAGAAGAGGUCAGAGGCCCAGGACGUUGCAACCUGUCACUUGGGUGUCGGAAGAUGAAAUGGUGGGUUUGUUGGUUGGACGCUUGGAAAGUGCGGACAGAUUUGAGGGUAUCGGAAAAAUAUAAAGAGAAUGAUUACAGAUUGAAAAAAAAAUUUUAAAUUUAUUUUUUGUGUUCUUAUCAAGUCAGUUACUCUGCUCUUUGAAUUUAUUAAAAAAAAUUUGGUCAGUUUCAUAAAAAUCCAAGGAAAAUAGUCUAUAUAAGUUUUUAAAAAUGGACAAAAUUAUUUUUUAAAUUUUUUGGUUGGAUGGUUAGAAAGUGCGGACAGAUUGAGAGAAUCGAAAUUUUUUAAGAAAAUUAUAGAGAGAUUCGUUAGAAAUUUAAUAAAAUUUGAUCAUUUUUUUUUUGCCAGGCAAUUUUUUUUUUGGUAAGAUUGGUUUAAGAACUAAUUUUUGAAUUAAUAAAAUUUUUCUUUUCAGUUUUAUUUUCGGGUUAUGAGUGGAUCAUUAGUGAGUAAAGAUCGACAAAAAGUUUGAAAAAAAUGGAAGAUUUUAAGGAUUUUUAGGAAGUUUAUUCAAAAAAAUUUGAUAGUAAUUUAUUGGUUUGGAACUUCUCAGUGCAUUUUUUUCUUAUUUCUGAAACUAUUAUUUAUAAAAUAUAUGACUCGAUUUCGAAAUGAAUUGGAUUUUUUUAUUGACCUUUUUUUCCCCAGGGAACCCAACGCCUGAACUGGAUCGACUACGGCGCAUCGCUCCCAGCUCAAGUUCUGACCUAUGAACUGAUUUUUGGCGAUCCUGAAACUUUUGACUCUGGCCCACUUUUCGAUCAAUCCCAGUACCGUGUUCAAGUUUACCGAAAUUCAGUGAAAAUUCAAAAAAAAUUUUUGUAGAUCCCGCCAGACUUUUCUCUAUCAAUAGGAACCCUUGUCGGUCAAAUCUCGGCCGAAGGAGAGAAUUUGGAAUAUUCUCUUUUUUCACCGGAUAAUGAGCGGAGGUUCACGGUUGACCCGGAGAAUGGUUGAAAAAUCAUAAAUUUAAAAUGAACUUUGAAACAUUUUGAGGCCAAAUCUUCUUCGAUUUCGACGAUUUACCAUUGGAAUCGGAUGAAUAUUGCUUGAUUUUGGAGGCUCGAGAUAGUCAGGGGAAAACUUCGCGUGUCCCGGUUGCUGUGAACAAUGGUGGGUUUUGUGGGGGUGCGCUAUUUUCCGGGGGAGGUGCGCGUUUUUGA